GAAAAUUCCAGAAAUAACAGUAAAGUAUAAAAUGAAUCACAAAUCCCGCGGAUAUGCCUUAAUAAUCAACAACCGUGACUUUAACUCAGAGACCCACAUGUCAUCACGGAAGGGCACUGACCAUGAUGCCCAAAGUCUGUACAACAACUCGCGUUUUGUGCGUGUGGCGGAGUUUUGUGGAGAGUUGGAUUUGGUGAAAAUUGUUUCCCGCGCUUCACAUUUGGUUACAUUUGAGUUUGAAUCGAACGCGGAGGGGAUUUUUGGUGCUAAGAAACAGGUCCCUCAAAUGGUCUCCACGUUGACUAAAGAUAUCUACUUUUAA